GGCACUAACUUUACCGGUAUUCAUUGGAGCUUUUUUACCUAAAAAUUGCUAUUCGGGCGCACGAUUACAUGAGAAAUCAGCAUUUUAUUCAAGAAGAGAAGAUAGCCAAGAUAAACCACUCAUAUCUUAGAAAGUACCAUGAGUUCUAAUUUCCCGACCAUAUCAAGAACAUCUUCGAACCAUUCCGCGAUCUCGGUCAGUCCGAGUGGUGAAGAACCUCCCUCUACCACUAGCCCUGUGUCUGGAUCUUCCCCAAUGUCUGCCACUUCGAGUUCUGGCAUUUCUGCUAAUCAUACACGGCUGAAUCGCUCUGCUACCCAAGUCAAAAGUCCUGCUCACAACCCUCACCACAGCAAACGUACAUUCAGCAUGUCAGACACACUCAAUUUGGCAAAGCUUCCUAGCAAUAUGCAUCUUCAUGAAAACGGUCAAGGCGGUAUGAGCUCUCCCAUGACCAGUUCCCUUGCUGCUAAUUUUCAUCAGCUCAGUGAUGGGUCAUGGUCCAACCGCGUUGAAGACUUUGAAAUCCGUAAACCUAUCGGAUAUGGAUCUUCUGCUGUGGUGUAUAGCGCCAUUUAUAAACCAUUUAACAAAAGAAUAGCCAUCAAGAUUAUCGACCUUGAUUUGUUUGAACGAAAUCAGAUUGAUGAACUUCGGCGUGAAACAGCUCUCAUGGCAUUAUCAAAACACCCUAAUGUCCUUCGUGUCUAUGGUUCGUUUGUCAAUGGUUCAAAACUGUACAUAGUCACACCUUACCUUUCUGGAGGCUCCUGUUUGGAUAUUAUGAAGACGGCCUUUCCCGAAGGUUUCGAUGAAGUCAGCAUUGCCACCGUUCUUAAACAAGCUCUUGAGGGCCUUAUAUACUUACACAAGAAUGGCCAUAUUCAUCGCGAUGUGAAGGCUGGUAACCUCUUAAUGGACGACGAUGGCUCCGUUCUACUUGCAGACUUUGGUGUAUCCAGCUCGCUGGUCGAGAACGGCGAAAGUGGUCUUCGAAAGACCUUUGUUGGCACGCCGUGCUGGAUGGCUCCCGAGGUUAUGGAGCAGGCAGGAUAUGAUUAUAAAGCAGAUAUCUGGAGUUUUGGCAUUACCGCCAUUGAGCUUGCUACUGGUCAUGCACCGUUUGCCAAAUUCCCGCCAAUGAAGGUGUUAAUGAUGACAUUAUCGAACGACCCACCGACACUUAUUCGAGAGCAUGCCAAGCGCAAGUAUUCAAAGCAAUUCAAAGAAAUGAUUGAUUUAUGUUUGAACAAAGAUCCAGCCAAGAGACCAAGUGCGGAAAAACUCUUGCAACAUUCCUUUUUUAAGCAGGCCAAAAAGAAAGAUUAUCUGGUCAAAACAUUGCUUGCAUCACUUCCGCCACUUGACCAGAGACCACAUCGAAAGGUGCCUCAGAAGCAUCAUUCCAUCUCGAGAACAACCCAGUGGGACUUUGAUGGCGAGGAGAACGAAACAGAAGAAUCUGCAACCAGCGAAGAAACUGAGAAAGCCAAUCCACCAACAUCGUCGGUCACAUUCGCCGUUGAUCAAAGUCAUCCGUCUCAAUCAAGCACUCCUGCUUCCGCUGGUGGCGGCAAGAAGCACAUUUCGUUCGGCGACGCUGUUGUCAAAAGUCCUUCCCCAGCCCCCAGUCCUUCUAGCCACCACGUAACCACCAUUUCCACUCAAAAUCCAGAAUUGGUGAUCCCAACCGCCAUUGCUCCUCGAAAGUCACGGUUUGUCAUUGAAGAUUCGAAUUCAGAGUACAACCCGGCUUCGCCUUUUGGUAUCCAAAUGAGUCAGUCGCCUUCGUCAGCCUCGCCGGAUCCGAAAGAACCCAGUGGCAUGUAUAGCGCUGGAAGCAGCGCAAGCAGUAGUCAUCAAAUGCUGGUUGGCCUUGGAAUGACUUCCGGUUCAAGUGCGUCGCCAAACACAGCUGCGUCCAAUGCACCGACACAGCCGUCUGAGACUGAAGUCAAGAAGGGGCGCUUCAGUGUCAACCAAACGCAUCGAGCAGGCACGCCCACCAAUGAUGUCAAUUCAGAUACGGAUAGGACCAUCAGUCGUUCUGGCAGCCAAGACAAUUUAGCAGAACCGAAAGACCGAAAAUCCAGAUUUGAGAUUCAGCAUAACCAGCAACAGCAACAGCAGCAGCAACCACCAGCUGGCACUUCUCCCCAACAAGUGCGUUUCGAGACCAUUCCAUUGUCGAGAGAAAACUCAACAUCCCAACAUUCUAUACAUAGAGACAGCCCGUCCGGUAAAAUCAGUCGGUUCUCUGUCGAACCUACACGGGAGAUUGGGCGGGCAACGUCUCGAGAUAAUAGCAAAGAUCGAGAAGGGCAUACAUCCGAUACAGCAUCGUCUACGGCCAGCGUUCCAUUAGAAUGCCGAAAGAAGGGACGUUUUGAACUGACGGGUGGAUCUUCUACACCUCUUUCGUCGACUUCCUUACCACAUACCGAACGUCCAGACAAAAUUGAUACCCAAUACCAUGAGUCUGCUCAUUCAUCCGUAUCUGUGUCGCCCUCCACUUCGCCUUCAUCAUCCUUAUCUCGUGGACAAGCUCCACGUUUAACCGAACAAGCAUCUGCACAUAUCCUUACCUCCCAUCUGGAGGCCUUGUUAAAACAGAACGAAACACAACGUAUGAUUCUGACUGAUUUGUAUGGUGGUAUGGGAGGAGGGCCUUCCAAUCCCAACAUUUCAAGAAGCCGCGCCGGCUCCGAAUCUCGACGAGCACCCUUUCCCAUUAUGGAACCCAUGGAACCCAAGCCUUUAUCCAGUUCCACGGAUGUUUUAUUCGGCAUGGAUCAACUGCAACAAAAGAUGCAGGCUAUAUUGCGAGAUAAUGAGUCUCUCCAUCGCGAAAACGAUAAUUUGCGACGAGAACUCGAUAGAUUGAGACGCAGUGCCAAUGCUACUGUAAUUAAUACCGCUUCUGGCCCUAGCACCAUGUCCCUCAGCGUACCUUCAUCCACUACUAAGCCUUCGGAUCACACGGAUGCGACUCACAGCGAGUGAUAGCCGCUUUUUCGAAAUAUCCUCUUGACCAACAAAACCAAAUCACUC